AUGGCACCAAUAGCUCUACCACCCGGUUUUCGCUUCCAUCCGACAGAUGAAGAACUUGUCGUGUACUAUCUCGAUCGUAAGAUCAACAAUCAAACAAUCGAGCUGGAAAUAAUUCCCGAAGUCGAUCUCUACAAAUGUGAACCUUGGGAUAAGUCUUACUUGCCAAGCAAGGAUAUGGAAUGGUACUUCUUUAGCCCAAGAGAUAGAAAAUAUCCAAAUGGAUCAAGAACUAAUAGAGCGACUCGAGCUGGUUACUGGAAAGCGACAGGAAAGGAUCGAAAAAUAAACUCUCAUAAGCGUGCUGUCGGAAUGAAGAAGACGCUGGUAUAUUAUAGAGGUCGUGCUCCUCACGGAAUUCGUACGAAUUGGGUCAUGCAUGAAUAUCGGUUGGUCGACUCCAUUUUCGAUGAUACUGAAGCUAUUGCUUCUUUGAAGGAUGCGUACGCCUUAUGUAGUGUACUGAAGAAAACUACUCAUUUGCCUAAAGCAAGAGAAGGAGACGAUGACCGAAGUGGGUUUUGUUCACAACAUGAUCCAGUUAAUGCAAGCAGUACUCGUGGUCACGAUCAUGUUUUGAACCGUAAAAAUCAAAUAGCAACAACACAACAAGAUAACUUGAAUGAGCAAGAAUAUUCACAAUUUCCUUCUGAUACUACUUCAACGUCCGAGAUCACACAAGGAACACCUAUAAAUGGUAGCAGAAUAGAUGAUCAGACUAGUAUGCCAUCCAACAAUAAUGACGAAGCAAAUAGCUCAAUGAAUGCAAGCCCUAAUAUCUCGUCCAUGGAGUUCUCAUAUAAGCCUACUAUUCAUGAGGAUACUUCGGCAAUGCCAAACGUUUCAAGGGUACAACAACUUUCAUAUCCACCCUUGGCAUUAGAAGAUUUCCCAUACAUGGAUACAGUAACAGAAUCUAACAACAAAUUAUCAUCAUCAACAACGUCUCAAGCGAUAGAAGAAUAUAUAUUGUGCGAUAAGCAUAGGAACAAUUAUUUUGCCGAAUCAAAUUUGCUAGAUGAGAUUUUCUUCGGAUCAUAUCUUCUAUCACGAUGA